CCGUCAUUGAGUAUCCAAGUCACAGAAUCUAACAAGCUUCUAGAUAAACUCUGUGACUCUAGCGUUGUUAUCUUUUGGUACAGACAUUAGCAAUGGCUUGGUCUCUCCUCCAAAACCCAACCUUCCUUAAACCCCAAUCUUCUAUACUCCCACCCAAGGCCCCAACCGUGACAACCACGCGCGGGGGUUACAUUCCGGUGCGGUGCGGCGGACCGCGGUCCCAGCGUGGACCGCUGGUGAAAGGCCGAAUCUUGAGCAUCGAAGCUAUCCAAGCCAUUCAAACCCUCAAGCGCCUAAACCGAACCAACCCUCCGAACCUCCCGGACCUCGUGUCCAACACCCUCACGCGCCUUAUCAAGUUCGACCUCGUCGCUACCCUGCGGGAGCUCCUACGCCAGCAGCAGUGCACCCUCGCCCUCUGCGUAUUCUCCACCCUCCGAUCCGAAUACGGCGCGGAUCUCUCCCUCUACGCCGAGAUGGUGCAGGCCCUCGCCGCCGCCGACAUGCCGGAACACGUGGACCGUCUGAUCCUCGACCUGGAGGACGCGGAUGGGAUCCGGUGCGACGAUCCCAAGGGGCUCGUGAGUUUGAUCAAGGCCGUUGUUGGUGCCAAGAGGAGAGAAUCGACGGUGAGGAUUUACGGGCUGAUGAAGAAGAGUGGAUAUGGGUCGGUUGUUGAGGCCGAUGAGUAUGUGGUUAAGGUUUUGGUUAAUGGGCUCAAGAGUUUCGGGGAAGAGGCCCUUGCUAAAGAACUUCGCCAUGAAUACACAAAGACGCUUCCUAAGUUCUCUAGGGCCCAAUUCGAUACGUUGACCAUUUAGUCAAUUUGUAAAUAUUUAUUUUUUUUAUUUCGUAGCUAGCUGCAGAAGGAAGUCCUGCCAACUGCCACGUGUCUAUCCAAUUUUUUUUUUACAGCAACAUUGAAAUAUGGUUUGAUUAAGAUGACUUGAUUAGAAUAUGUUAUACUUAUACCAUUGAUAUUGUUAUGAAUCAAAAACUCGUUUGCUUUUACAA